AUGUCAGACGCACAAAACCCACCAAGAACGACAAGGCAGGGAUGUAUAUCAUUGCUGUUGCUAAUUUGUGUAGCAGAUUUAAUUAAUUUCUCGUCCGCUUGGAUGCCUGAUGUCAGACCUGAUCUGCAAACAAAGCAAGAUAAGAUACUAGCCAAGCUAGUAGGAAAUACAACGGACUACUUUAAAAUUUUGGAUCAUGACGAGAAAUCUAUUUUGGUCGGUGCUCGGGAUGUCAUAUAUAAUAUAAGCAUAAAUGGAUUACGUGAAAACAACCGCAUUGAGUGGUCGUCAUCUGCCGCCGAUCGGGAAUUAUGUGCCCUUAAGGGCAAAAGAGAAUCGGAUUGUCACAAUUACAUAAGAGUUUUUGCCCGCUUGCCAAAUGAUAUGAUCAUGGUCUGUGGUACUAACUCGUACAAACCUCGAUGUCGCAAUUACGAACCGAUUUCGGAUGAUGUCCAUCCAAAUGCUCCAAUAGCCUACAGCGUUGUGGAAGAUGUGGAAGCCCAAGGAAAAUGUCCCUACAGUCCAGUACACAACAGCACAUACGCCUAUGCGGAUGGCAGUCUGUAUAGUGCCACAGUUGCCGAUUUUUCGGGUGGUGAUCCCCUGAUUUAUCGCGACCGAGAAAAUCUUCGAACUGAACAAUACGACUUAAAGCAACUUAACCAACCCGACUUUGUGGGUGCCAUCGAGCGCAACGGCUACGUUAUGUUUUUCUUCCGGGAAAUUGCAAUGGAGUUCAUGAACUUUGGUAAAACAAUUUAUUCCCGAGUUGGCCGAGUAUGUAAGAACGACCGUGGCGGUCGGAAUACCCUAAGCAAAACGUGGACAUCGUUUUUGAAGGCCCGACUUAAUUGUUCAGUUCCUGGUGAUUAUCCAUUUUACUUUGAUGAAAUACAAGCUAUAAGUCCAGUCAUUGAGAGUGGACCCAAUGCCCUGGUCUACGCGAUAUUUACCACAUCCGUAAAUGCUAUACCAGGUUCUGCGGUAUGCGCAUUCAGCAUUGACGAUAUAAUGGAGGCAUUUGAGGGUCGAUUUAGAUCUCAGAAAGACAGUCAAUCUCAAUGGCUUCCGGUGCAAGAUACUGAAGUCCCCGAACCCCGCCCAGGGCAAUGUGUUCCUGACUCCCGAACCUUGUCCAGUGUUGCUGUCAACUUUGUGAAAAAUCAUCCAUUAAUGGAGUCGUCGGUACCCUCAAUUUUCGGCCGUCCUUUGCUAACGAAAGUUCACCUACUCCACAGAUUGACUUCAAUAGCCGUCGAUCCUCAAGUGCAGGCCUUAAAUGGUGAUUUUCACGAUGUUAUAUACGCUGGUACGGACGACGGUAAAAUAACAAAGUUCAUAAACAUACCAACGGCCUCCAGUGGAGCAAACUACGAAGAUGACAGCAAUAUCAAGACAGUCUUUAUUUCGGAAUUGCAAGUUCUGCCAUUGGGUACACCCGUUCGUGAGAUGGUUGUCUCAUCCAAGGGUAACACGCUAUUGGUGGUAAGCGACGGGUCUAUUGUGACGGUGCCUCUUCACCACUGUGCCCAUAUUGUAGACUGUGCUAGUUGUCUGAGUUUACAGGAUCCCAACUGUGCAUGGGACCAGCAGACACACGAGUGCAAAAGUCUGUCAUUUUCAAACCAUAAAUUUGGCACUAAAUCUUUUCUGCAGUCAUUGAAUAGCACCAAGAAGGCAGCUAAAUCGUUGUGCCCGAAAUCAGCGAAUCGGGGCACAGUUAUCGCGGAUGGCCCUGUCCUCAACUUUGGUGCAGUAACAGACAACAAUGUCGAUCCGCAAAUUAAUACUCAACAUCACACAGAAGAAGAACUGGCUAGGAAGCAUGUGUAUACAAAUGUGGCUUCUGUCAAUGGCAUUCCAACAAUCGGCAAUGAUAUUAAUUCUCCCGGAAUAGAAAUACCAACAGCUAUCGGUGGUGAUUUCCUCAAUGUUUUCAACGAUGAGAACAAAAUCACCCUUCAGUCCGUAGAUCCGCACGACUUGAUGAACUCAGUUAAUGAUCCUCUUCAGUCCACUGCAAUUGGCGAGGAACAGCGACUUCAGUUGGCCGGGAAGAGCUUUUAUUGGGGAUUUGGAGUGUUGGCCUUAGCUUUAGUUUUCAUCAUUGGAAUGGUCGUAGGACUUCAUGUUUCGAAGCGUAAUUGCAAGCCUCCUUCUAUACAUAGCAGUCAUCGCAAUCAAUUCAAUGCAAAUCCAACAUUCGGCCUAAAGCACGGGAAAGAUAUAAAUCUACUGAUGAAUACGAAUCACUACUGCCACCCUGGCAAACCCAGCUUGGACCUGGAGAAGGAUCGCAGUCACGAAUGCAAGAAUUCUACGGAGAAUCUCGAAAAAGAAUUGCCCUGCAAAACGUCAACAUUGACUAAAGUCAAACGCACAUACAUAUGAUCGUACAGACUUAUUGCAUGCUGGCAUCGACUCUGGGUCAUAGGUAGUGUUAAAUACAUCCAGUUCUU